AUGGCUUGGGAUAAGCUUACCAAGUGGAUUAUUGGCCGUGGCCUGGCAGAGAAGAGCGACAAAAAGAAACUUGAACGCGAAUACAAAGAGGUCGAAGAGGCACUCAAACUGAUAAGAGAGGUUGCGAAUGAGCCGAUCCUACCACUACCCAGUCAACCUCCUUCGGCUUGCAGCAGUCCCAUUCCUGACCACCGCAAGCCUCGCACCGCUCUCGUGUACUCUCCUGAGAAACCGGCCUGCGCUAGAUCAACCUCGAGUCCAGCGAUACCAUCUCUGGUAAACCACAAUUCCCCACCAGACCUUUCCAGCGACGCAGACUAUAGUGACUUGAAGAAAACUUUCAGCUGCGAUGGUGCAUGGACUUUCAAAGAUCAGCUGGUAGUACCAAUGCCAGAAAUGAUAGGGUUUGGAAGGUAUCGACGAUCAAUCAACGCUCCAACCGAUUGGCAACUUGAGCGCGCGGUACGGAGCCUACACGAUAUGAAGGGAAUCAUUAUCGACCAUCUAGGAGACUGCCCUCCGCUGGGAAUGGGUGACGAUGUGUGGCGCGAUUACAAAGCUCAACAUUCGCGUGCCAGCAGCUUUGCAAGCUCGCACAGCUCACACUCGCAUACCACCGCCACGGAAUACCUUGACAAAUCUACUGGGACCAAGGUCAGCCGCGGGUUCUGUGCUUCCACCAGUUCAAGCGCGGCAAGCUCGUGCAGAGAUGGUAGAAGCGAAACAAGGCGUGAUUCGAAUAUGUCCACAACAAGCAUGACGAGUCUCAACACCGAAGGAGAUGUCAAGCUCAGGCGUCGAUCGGGUCGAAUGUCCCCCUUUUCCCGGCAUGCCAGCACGACAUCGAUCAGUCCACUAGCUGUUAUCAGCGAAUUGCAAGAGAACGCUAGCAAGGCUCCUCGCAAAGUCCAAAAGCCUUGCGCAUUUGAUGAAGAUGGCAACAACGAAAGUGCAGUAGCCUCGGACGACGAUGAUGAAUUGCAGUGGGGCGACAUGCUCGAGCUUGAUGGUGACUCAGCUGCCGGCAAUCUUGCGAAGGGUCUUGCUCAACGAUCUUCAACAUCAAGGAGCAAGUCAAACGCGAGACCGAACUUGACUCGCCAACGUACGAGAUCUCCAGAAAGACCAAGGUCGCGUGGAUCUACAACGAAAAGAGCCGUUCUCGACCGAUCCAAGACCAUCAGAACUACGGCCUAUGCCAAUAAUGUCCGCUUUCAGGGCCCAAGGCAGCUGUCAGACAAUCAGAAGCCACUGUCAUCCAAUCCAACGAAUCAAACAACGUCGGAACACAAGAAGCAGGGAAAUAAACAUUGUCAAAGUGCAGACCAGGAAGAUCCGGCUAUCGCUACACUUCCGAAGAUCCUGGCCGGCGCAGCUCUGACACCGGUUGCAGAAAUCGAUUCUACAAGAGAAUCGGCACAGUACGUUGUCGACGUUGUUUCCAAGGUCGAACGCCUACCCCGAAAGCAACAAGAACGGGCAACAAGCGGCCAUUUCAGCAGCAAACCUCAGAGUCCCCUAAAAACCCGGAAGGCAAGAUCCACGACUGUUUGCCGGAUCGUCUCAGCGUCUUGCGGUAACGUUUCCGAAUCCACAACAUCAAGCAGGACAAUUACAGGAUAA